AUGUCCAUGGCGUGGUACUGCUCUGGCUCAUCUAACACAGAGUUGAUCGAGAACCUGUUUAAAGCAGGCCUCAUCAAGAAUGAACGGGUGAAAGAUGCCAUGUUGCGGGUCGACCGGGCUCACUAUGCCCCUUCAAGUCCCUACCAGGACUCGCCGCAGCCUAUCGGUUACGGUGCCACAAUUUCAGCUCCGCACAUGCACGGCCAUGCGUGUGAGUACCUCGUUGACUUUCUCAAACCAGGUUCACGGGUGCUUGAUAUUGGGUCGGGCUCCGGAUACCUAACACAUGUCCUCACUAAUCUUAUCACGGACCCAUCGUCUGUUGGGGGUACCGACGGCCAAGUAAUCGGAAUUGACCAUAUACAAGAAUUAGUCGAAAUUGCCCACAAAAACAUGAGCAAGUCAGAAGAUGGCCGCCAGUACCUGGAAUCAGGAAGAGUGAAAUUCAUCACAGCUGACGGCCGACUGGGAUGGAAGGAGGGAGCGCCAUAUGACGUAAUCCAUGUUGGAGCGGCAGCCGAGCAACUUCACUCGGUACUUAUAGAACAACUUCGUACUCCAGGGCGCAUGUUCAUUCCAGUGGAGACAGAGAACAAUGGGAGCCUUGCAGGAAGGCUUGGACUCGGUGGUGGGCAGUAUAUUUGGGUGGUGGAUAAGAAGGCGGACGGGUCUGUGCACAAAGAGAAAGUCUUCCAGGUCAGCUAUGUGCCCCUUACAGAUGCACCGCAAAAGUGA